UCCCAGUCCUGUGACACAUGAAAACUUGAAAUUUCAAUUCUCCUUCCUUUCUUUUCCUUUCUUCUUAGACGAAGCGUACAUGCUCAAGACUCAAUCGUCGACGGUACAUACAUACAUAUCAGAUCAUGUUCAAUUAUAUAAUACAUCAUACAUCAUUUACCAAAGUAUGUCUCAUUUUGUCAACUAACAACUUGGUAAUAGAAAUCCGUAAAAUCUCACAGGCUAGCAAACACACGGACCACUCAUAUUGAUUACCUAGUCCAACUUCCACCGCCUAAAAACUUACCAGAUCCCUCUCAGAAGUGGGCAUCUAAUGCAUGAAAAAUGAGAAAGAAGAUUGAAAAAACUUCACCCAACAGUCUCGACAUCUUAAUUAACUUCCUUAUGCAGCCUCAUGCGCAUAACUCCACCUAGGUACCAGGAGCAGCAGGAGCACUUGAGGCAGGGACCCGUAAACCUUGUCGCAUUCCUAAAACCCUAUGACGUAGAGAUUCUCAUCGGUACCUAAUUCAGUAAAUAAUUUAAUGUUGAGAAAGAUGGCUACGAUCGCCUCUCAAUCUUCUCCAGCUCUCACCUUUGAGCUUCUUGCGAGAUGUUCUACGACUCGAGCGCGAGCUUCCAUCUUAACUCUCCCCCAUGGACCGGUUCAACUUCCGAUGUUCAUGCCCGUGGCGACGCAGGCGUCGUUGAAAGGCUUAACACCUGAACAGUUAGAAGAAACAGGAUGUCGUCUCUGUCUUAAUAAUACAUAUCACCUCGGACUAAAGCCAGGCCAAGAUGUUCUCGCUGCGAUAGGAGGAGCUCACAAGCUACAAGGAUGGAACCACAACAUCCUCACGGAUAGCGGAGGCUUCCAGAUGGUCAGCCUCCUCAAACUAGCCAACAUCACCGAAGAAGGAGUCCGGUUCCUAAGCCCUCACGACGGCACGCCCAUGCUUCUAACGCCAGAGCACUCGAUCUCACUACAGAACACGAUCGGCAGCGAUAUCAUAAUGCAACUCGACGACGUGCUCGUGACGACCUCCCCCGACGCGGCGCGCAUGCGCGAGGCAAUGGAGCGCAGCGUUCGAUGGCUCGACCGAUGCAUUGCCGCGCACGCGAACCCCAGCACGCAGAACCUAUUCUGUAUCAUUCAGGGAGGGUUGGACUUAGACAUGCGCCGCGAGUGCUGUCGAGAGAUGGUAGCGCGCGACACGCCCGGGAUCGCGAUCGGUGGACUCAGCGGCGGCGAGGCGAAAGCGGAUUACUGCCGCGUCGUGGUCACCUGCACGCAGCUGCUACCUGAGCUGAAGCCGCGGUACGUGAUGGGUAUCGGAUACCCCGAGGACCUGGUCGUUAGUGUGGCGCUGGGCGCUGACAUGUUCGACUGCGUGUGGCCGACGCGAACGGCGCGCUUCGGAAACGCAGUAACACGGUACGGCAUCCUAAACCUGCGGAACGCGAAAUAUACGAACGAUUUCGGGCCCAUUGAGGAGGGAUGUGGGUGUAUGUGCUGUCGGCAAGACGGGAAGGGGAUGGGGAUCACGAGAGCGUUUGUUCAUCACAACACGGCUAAGGAGACGGUGGCGGCGCAUCUGCUGACUAUGCAUAAUGUGUGGUACCAGCUGCACUUGAUGGGGGAUGUUAGGCAGGCUAUUAUAGAGGAUCGGUUCCCCAAGUUCCUAAGACGGUUCUUUGCGGAUUUGUAUACGGAUAGCAGUAAAUACCCUACUUGGGCGGUCGAUGCGCUUAGAGGUGUGGGUGUAGAUUUAUAUACGGAAGAUACGGAUUAAGGCACUUGCUUUUGUUCAUGUGGCUUGUGAAAGGCUUUUUAUGUGACGCUCAUAUGUCUCUGAUAGGUACAUGAAGCCAACUGAUGAUGUUGGGGUAU